GACUAAGUGACAAAGUGUGCUUCCUGUCUAUAGCUUUUUCCCAGCUCAUUUUUUUAGCAUAGUUUGUGUUUAAUUUUUAUGCAUAUAAAGCAUUGUUUCCAGGGAAACUAUUUUAAAAGAAAGGUAAACGAAAUAGAUUUAUAGGAAUAAACUGUCAUUUACUAUUGUCAUUACAAUUGGCUGUUUUUUACUUGUUUGACUUAAAUAGAAGUCAAUCAUGUUCUGAAGAAAUAUAUCAUUUUUUAUAUUCAUUAUUUAAAACCUAUUAACUUUUCAAUUCAUAACUUACGUGCAUGUGAUAAACUAAAUACUUAAUGUUUAUUUAUCUUUUAAACUGUUUCCGAAUUUUACAGACGAAUGUCAAUUUUUAGAACUGGUAAAAUGCCAAAUGAAACAGGAAUGUUAGGAGUUUUGGAUAUCGCUAUUAUUGGAGGUAUUGCAGGUCUGGCUGUGUAUUAUCUAAUUUUUAGGAAAAAGAAGGAGGAUUCCUCAUCUACUGAAAUUAAGCAACUUACAGUAAAUUCCUCUGUUAAGACGAAUCGAACGGAUAGCUUUAGUUCAAGUUUUGUUUCAAAAAUGCAAGCAUCCGGACGUAAUGUCAUAGUUUUAUAUGGUUCUCAAACUGGAACGGCUGAAGAGUUCUCUAGCCGCUUGGCAAAAGAUGCUGUCCGCUAUGGUAUGAAAGCCAUGGUUGCUGAUCCAGAAGAAUGUGAACUUGACGAAAUUUCUAAACUAGCAGAUAUCAAUAAUAAUUUAAUUAUAUUUUGUAUGGCUACUUAUGGCGAAGGUGAUCCAACCGAUAAUGCUCAGGAACUUUUCGAAUGGCUCAACGAUAAUGGGGGUGGCGUUGAACUUAAUGAUGUAAAUUAUGCUGUUUUUGGUCUUGGUAACAAAACUUAUGAACAUUACAAUGCUAUGGGAAAAUUGGUAGAUGAAAAAUUACAAGAGAUGGGAGCCACUAGGGUUGUAGAGCUUGGCUUGGGCGACGAUGAUUGUAAUAUUGAAGAAGAUUUUGUUUCUUGGAAAGAGAAAUUGUGGCCAGCAGUUUGUGAGCGAUUUAAUAUUGAUGCAACAGCUAGUGACAUCUCCGUUCGUCAGUACGCCGUAACUGAAUUUACAGAUACGCCCGAACAAAAAGUAUUUAAAGGUGAGCCUGCCAGACUAGGUUCUUUGAAGAACCAAAAACCUCCAUUUGAUCAAAAGAACCCAUUUCUUGCAAAAAUUAUUACAAAUCGUGAGCUACAUAACGGUGGUGACAGAUCGUGUAUGCAUGUGGAAGUCGAUAUUGAAGGGUCAAAGCUUCGAUACGAAUCUGGAGAUCACAUCGCAAUUUAUGCUACCAACGACAGCUUCCUAGUUGAUGGUAUAGGAAAACGAUUGAAAAUAGAUUUAGAUACAGUUUUCUCCUUGACAAAUGUUGAUGAAGAUGCCAGUAAAAAAUAUCCCUUUCCUUGUCCAACAACUUACAGAACAGCUCUAACCCAUUAUUUGGACAUAACAUCACCUCUUCGAACAAAUGUUCUUAAAGACUUAGCUGAAUAUGCUAAAGAUGAAGAGGAAAAGAAGCAACUUUUGUUGAUGGCAUCAAGUUCCAAUGAAGGAAAAGAGUUAUAUAACAAUUGGAUUUUAAAGGACCAUAGACAUAUUUUGGCCGUUCUUGAAGAUAUGCCAUCGUUGGAACCUGCUAUUGAUCAUCUUUGCGAAAUUUUAUCAAGACUUCAACCAAGAUAUUAUUCAAUAUCUUCGUCACCAAAACUUCACCCGACAGCUGUUCAUAUUACAGCUGUUUUGGUUGACUGGACAACUCCAACUAAUAGAAAUCAAAAAGGAGUCGCUACGUGGUAUUUGAAAAAUAAAAUACCAAUGGAAAAUCUUCAACCAACUGCACCAGUGUUUAUUAGAAAAUCACAAUUUCGAUUACCUUUCAAGCCUAGCACGCCUGUUAUAAUGGUCGGACCGGGAACCGGUAUAGCUCCCUUCAGAGGUUUCAUUCAAGAUAGGGCUGCACAAAAGAGAGCUGGAAAGCCUACUGGAGAAAUGGUUCUAUAUUUCGGAUGCAGACAUAGAGCAGAGGAUUAUUUGUAUGAGGAUGAAUUGAAAGAAUUUGUUGAAGAAGGGGUUUUAUCAAAAUUACACGUGGCCUUUUCUCGUGAUCAAAAGGACAAAAUCUAUGUUCAACACUUAUUGAGAGAAAAUAAGCAAGAAGUAGCUCGUCUAUUAAGGAAAGAAAGCGCACAUAUUUAUGUUUGUGGGGAUGCGAAGCACAUGGCUCAUGAUGUUGAUCUUGCUCUUCAGGAAGCUCUAGAAGCUGAAGAAAAUUGGACCAGCCAACAGGCUCAAGACUUUCUUAAAACCUUAAGGUCAAGGGGAAGAUAUUCAUGUGAUGUUUGGAGUUAA